AUGGAAGAGUACAACCAAAUGGAUCAUGAGAGCUCAGGUGGUAGAGGAAAUUUCCUGUACGCCUCACCAAAUCUUGGAGGCAACUAUGGGAGGGCAAGCCAUGAUCAUCAGAUUGGCAUCAACGCCUUUCAUCUUCAAUCGAGCGGUGGUGGUGAUUUUCACUCUCCAGGAGGAGGACACCCAAUUAAUGUCAAGACUGAAGCCAGCACAUCCCAUCACGGCCAUCACAAAUUUCAGUACAACAACAACAGUAAUAAUAAUCCUCUUCUGUCAUCAAGAGGGCACCAACCAGUAGUUCAACAACAGCAUAAUCUGGACCGUCAAAACGAUGAUCACACCUUGAGCUCCAACGAAGUGGAAGCCAUCAAAGCCAAGAUCAUCGCCCACCCUCAGUACUCUAACCUCCUGGAAGCUUACAUGGAUUGCCAAAGAGUGGGAGCUCCGUCUGAAGUGGUGGCGCGGCUAACAGCUGCUAGGCAGGAGUUUGAGGCAAGGCAGCGGUCUUCGGUGGCUUCAAGAGAGGCUUCAAAAGAUCCAGAACUCGAUCAGUUCAUGGAAGCUUACUAUGAUAUGUUGGUGAAAUAUCGAGAGGAGCUAACAAGGCCCAUACAAGAAGCCAUGGAUUUCAUGCGGAGGAUUGAAACACAGCUCAACAUGCUUGGCAACAAUAAUGCUCCUCCUCUUCGCAUCUUCUCACCCUCUGAGGACAAAUGCGAAGGAAUUGGUUCAUCUGAAGAGGAGCAGGAGAAUAGUGGUGGAGAAACAGAAGUGCCUGAGAUUGAUCCAAGAGCUGAAGACAGAGAGCUCAAGAACCACCUGUUGAAAAAGUAUAGUGGUUACUUAAGUAGCCUGAAGCAAGAGCUUUCCAAGAAAAAGAAGAAAGGGAAAUUGCCCAAAGAUGCCAGGCAGAAGCUUCUCAGUUGGUGGGAGUUGCAUUACAAGUGGCCAUAUCCUUCAGAAUCGGAGAAGGUGGCAUUGGCCGAGUCGACAGGUUUGGAUCAGAAGCAAAUAAACAAUUGGUUCAUAAAUCAGAGGAAGAGGCACUGGAAACCCUCAGAGGACAUGCAGUUCAUGGUGAUGGAUGGUCUACACCCUCAGAAUGCGGCCCUGUAUAUGGAUGGACACUACAUUGGUGAUGGCCACUACCGUCUGGGGCCGUGA